AUUAAUAAGGACCCGCAAUGGAAACCAACGGGCGGGCGUUCCGUAUACUGCGAUGGAUAAGAGGAUAGCCUCUCCUUUAUUCCCGUACCAAACCUAGGCAAUAUGCAGAGAUCGAUCCAACGCAAGCUCUUCUCCUAACCCCUUGGUAAAGUAUGUUACAGGCAACCGCUUCAGAACCCCACACACUCUCUCUCUCUGUCUCUGUGUGUGUGUUAGCUCGAUUAACCUUCUCUAAUAAGACGCACUUCUCUAAUAGGAGGCAUGUAUACGCUCCGGUCAAGGAAUGCUUUUUGACACAAUUUUGGGUUAUGUCAACACUGGGUGACGAUGAAUUAGGCCUGAUACUCAACUGGGUCGACGACCUAUAUGCCAGAAAAUCUCUCUCUGUGGUCUGCAAGCAAUGGCUGAGGGUGGAGGGUCUUACCCGGUUAUCCGUAAGGGUUCUAGACCUCGAUUCCUUUCGUGGUUUCUUACCAAGAUUCCCAAAUUUAGUUACCUUCGAAUGUUCACGGCGGAUCACCGAUGACGGCCUUAGAUUCUUGGCCCAAACAUGUCCCAAAAUCGAGGCCCUCAACCUUAAUUUGAAACCCCCUCGUGAAAAUUCUGAUGAGUUUGAUCAACCCUGCGAUGAUGUUGGCGACGAUGGUCUAUGUGCUUUAGCAAUCGGAUGUCGCAAGUUGUCGAAAGUUUUGCUGCGAAGGAGGACGAAUAUUGGGGAUGUUGGAGUUGUUUCGCUGAUUAACUUGGCAUCAACUUUGACGAACUUGGAUUUGGGUUGGUGCAAUUUGAUUACGGAUCAAGCUCUUGCAGCGAUUGGGGAGGCAAGUUCUCUCACUAUUUUGAAUUUGGAAGGGUGUUCUUUAAUUACAGAUGGUGGGGUAACUUCUUUGGCAACAAUGGCUUUGUCGAGGUCUUUGAAAAAGUUGGUCCUGGCAGAAUGUGAUCAAAUUAGCGAUUAUGGGGUGUCCCUUUUGCAGCAAAUGUAUUGCUUGGAGGAGCUAAAUAUGGCCGAAUGCGGGCCAAAAAUCACUGAUAUUGGAGGCGUGGCAAUUGCUACAAUUCAAACCCUCAGGAGACUAAAUAUUUCUUGGUUAAUUAAUGUAUCAGAUCCAACACUUUUCGCACUUGCUGAGAACUGCCAGAAACUGGUUGCGGUUGAUUUUACGGGCUGCGAGUUAAUAACUGGAGCUGGAAUUCGUGCCUUCUCAAAUCAUACCUGUUUAGAAACUCUAGUGUUUCCUUCAUGUUACAACAUCGGUGUUCAUGAUUUGGAAAAUGUGGUGCGUGGAUGUCGCUCAUUGAGGUGUGUUGUGCUGGAUAAAAGACUGAAAACGUGGGUAACACCAAUGAUGCAAGAGUACAUUAGCAUAUUCUGUGGUCUAUAUUGGAGGUGAUCAAUAAAUAAAGAACAUUUAUUUAGUUGGUUUGGAUCAUAUCAAGGCUAGUGAAAGUUUGUUUCAUUCCCUGCUCCUUAAUGUGGGGUCUGCAAAGACACUCAGCAUGCAGGAUCAAUCAAAGCUCAUGAAGGGGCAGCUUUAGCAAAAUUGAAGUUAAAAGAACAACAACACACGAGGUUUCCACUUUCUUGCUCUUCAUUCUUUGAGUUCAAGUGGCUGUCGUUGAGAUGGAGUGCAAUUAGUUGGUGUUAUAAUAUACAAAUUGCUGUCUUCAUUGAUGAUUGAGGUGUAAAUGGAGUUUUUGGAGAACUUCUGUGGAUGAAUGAUGAAUCAAUUUCCAGAUUACCUCUA